UAGCUAGGAAGCUAGGAAAGGCAUGAGGUUUAGCUAGGAGGAGCCAUGGAGUGGCGUGAGGUUUAGGAAGGAGAAAAGUUGAGGAGAGAAAAGAGAGUUAGGAAAGAAGAGAGGGGGAUACAAGGAGGGGUGUUGUACCCCCUACAUCUACAUUUGUUUCCGUUGUGAUGGCUUGUCAGUCCGCCAAGUCUACGCUACUCGAAGGUGUGGAAGUGAUAGUGUGCGACGACGAUCAGGACGAAGCAGCGAAGGCCAGCGACAGAUCCGCUGACAGGAAUCGAGGUGCUAAACUCCUCAGAAUCGACUACGACAGUGGCGAAGAGCAGGAGGAGGAGGAGGAGGAGUACGGGGAGUAUGAGGAAGAAGAGUAUGAGGAAGAAGAGUAUGAGGAAGAAGAGUUUGAGGAAGAGGAGGAGGUAGAGGAGGAGGAGGAGGAUGACGAUGAUGAUCUCAUUAUGUUUGACAGCAACCCGGAUUCCCGUAAGGCGGAUUCGUCCGUUGCGGCUUCCACUGGAAACACAGGAUUCGCUGGGAGCACGCGUGGAGAUUCAAGUGCACUUGCGGAGGCUUGCACUGUAGCCGCUCGCGCAAGGGCUGAGAUAGAAACUGAUUCGAAGACUGAUUUAGGUCCUGGAUUAGCAACUGAUUUAGGGACGGGUUUCGAGACUGGUUCGCGAAGCGUGUCCAGGCGUGGUUGCGAUUGCGAGGGCUUGGAGGCGACAGCCGGCGACGUCAGCUGUGGGCUGGAUUCAAGUUUAGCUCCGAAUGCUUGCACUGCAGCCAGUCGUUCGGGGACUGGAUUAGGGAUUAGUUUAAGGACUGAUUUAGGAGACGACUCGCAGCAAGCAGUGGAUCAUAGUCGAUCGGAUAGUCGAGCUGACGCAGCAGCUUAUAAGCAAGGCGACUCUGGAACUCAUGAAGAAGCUUAUAGAGGAGCAGAUGCAGAAGCUUGUAACGAGGAUGCUAGAGAGGUCAGAAUAAAAGCUGAGGUGCAAGCGGAAGCAUGUGCGGCUGCUGAAAGCGAAGCGCCUGAACCUGCGCCUGAACCUGCGCCUGAACCUGCUCCUGAACCUGCUGACGCAGAAGUCUCUGCAGAAGGUCGAAACGAGGCACGUGAGGUUGCUGCUAGAGAGGAUACGAUGGAAGUUGAGGAGCAAGCGGAAGCAGAUGGGGUGGCUGAAAGCGAAGCGGCUAGACCAGCGGCUGAACCAGCGGCUGAUGCAGAAGUCUCUGCAGGAGCUCGAAACGAGGGUGCUAGAGAGGGUAAGAUGGAAGCUGAGGAGCAAGCGGAUGCAUGUGCGGCUGCUGACAGCAAAGUGGGUGCGCGAGCAGGUGAACAAGCUGAGCCGAUUGAGCUGCCUGCCACACCAGCAGCAGGAAGCAGCGCAGAUCCAACGGCUAGGAUCUCUCAUCCGGCAGAGGGAGCUGCUAGGAGGAAUCUGCAAUUCCAAGCAGAGGAGCAGCAGGAGGUCUUGAGAUCACGUGAAGCGGAGGAGCAGGAAUCUCUGGAGAGAGGAGCACGCGUGGUCAGUACCGCCUCAGCUUCUGGAAGGUUCGAAAUAUCUGAGAAUCCGGCUGUGAGCUGUGGAGGGCUGGAGAAUGAGGAGAGGGCGAGGGGGGUGGAAAAUGAAGGGAUGAUAAGGGGGGCGGGAAAUGGGGAGAGGACGAGGGGGGUGGUAAGGGGGUUGGAGAAUGAGGAGAGGACGAGGGGGGUAGGAAAUGAGGACAUUAUAAGGGAAGGCACGUUGAGGGAACGAGAUGGCGUUGGUGCGAAUCGUGAAGGUGAUAACAUGGAACGGGACAGUAUCGACGGUGAUAAAAGUGCUGCUGAUAGGAACGAAGGUGACACCAAUAAUAGAGGAAGGAGUGUAGCCGCUGAUGCUGAUGCUGCUGCUGCUGCUGCUGCUGCUGUUGUAAAUGAUGGUGCUACUGAUGCUGCUGAUUUUGGUGCGGCUGACGUAGGUGCUGAUGCUGUUGCUGCCGAUCUUCUUGCGGCCUAUGGGGAUACAGAUGGAGAGGAGGAGGAAGAGAGUGAGAGGGAGGAGGACAGGGAGGAGGAGGAGAAGGAGGAGAAGGAGGAGAAGGAGGAGGAGGAGAAGGAGGAGGAGAAGGAGGAGGAGAAGGAGGAGAAGGAGGAGAAGGAGGGAGUGGAGGAGAGAGAGGAAAUGGAGGAGGGGUUAGUGGAGGAAGAGGGAGUGGAGGAGAGGGAGGAGGAUGAUGAUCUGGUGUGGGGAGUUGCUGACGACAUGAGGCGGAUGUGGGAGGCUGCUGCUGCUGCCAACGCUGCUGCCCUGCGUGCUGCCAUUGCGGGUUCUGCUGCUGAUACUGCUGCUGUUAAAGGGGGCGCGGGUGGGGAAGUAGAGGAGGAGGACGAAGAGGAGUAUGAGGAGGAGGAGGAGGAUGAAGAAGAGGAGGGGGAAGUGGAGGAGGAAGAGGAGGCGGGAGAGGAGGAGGAAGAGGAGGAGGGAGAUGAUUUGGUGUGUGGUGAUGCAGAGGAGAUGAGGCGAGUGUGGGAGGCUGCUGCACUGGCGAGGAGGGCGAAGAGGCAAGCGCAGUGGCACUCGGAGCAGCAGAAACGGAUGGAGCAGCAGCUGCUGCAGCGGCAGCAACGAGAGCAGGCGCAGCAGCUUUGGCAGCAGCAACUGCAGCAGCAGCAGCAACAUCAGUUUCAGCACCAGCAAUGGCAGCAGCAUCAGCGGCAGCGGUGGGGAGAGGCGGAGAGUCUUAGCAGUGACGAGGAUAGCAGGGGAGAGGCGCAUGUUCCUAGAAAGACUGCUGGUGCGUUUGUUGCUGGUGCGUUUGCUGCUGGUGCUUUCAGAGUGCAGGGAGCCAAGGGUGCAGCGAUCAGAGCAAGCCAUAGAGGGGAGGAGGCAAAGGGCGGAAGAGGGGGCACUGGGGGGGCUGGUUUGGGGAGGAGUGUGCAUGUGAGAUACGAGGUGGUUGAUGUUGAUGACUCAGAUUCCAGUCACGGUGGUGAGUCAGACGCAUCUACUGCUAAGGGCAGGGCGAGUAAUCGAGAAGCUACUGCUGGCCCAUCCGCUGCUGCUGGAGACUCAGCCUCAGUGGCAGCCCUGGCAGCAGCCUCGGCGGCAGCUUCGGUGGCAGCUUCGGUGGUGUCACGGGGCACCAAGCUUGGGAAGAGGAGGAGGAGUUUCAAAUGGGGCCAGGACCCGGAUGAUGGGUUGUUCAGUUACCCGGUUGGUAGGGGUGGUGGGGGAGGGCGUGACAGCAGCGGGAGUGAGGGGAGCUUUGAGGCGCGGGUUUGCAGGGAGUCUGCAGCAGCCUGGGCGUCAGGUGAAGGGGCGUGUGGGGCAGAUGUAGCAUCACGUGGGAGAGCAGGUGCAGGUGCAGGUGCAGCAGCAGCAGCGGGUACAUGUACAGGCACAGGUGCAGGUGCAGGUGCAGGUGCAGGUGCAGGUGCAGGUGCAGGUGCAGGUGCAGGUGCAGGUGCAGGUGCAGGUGCGGGUGCGGGUGUGGGUGCGGGUGCGGAUGCGGGUGCAGCAGCAGGUACAGCGGAAGGCACAAGAGCAGGCACAACUGCACAUGGAGCAGCAGAAAGAUUAGCAGAACGAGUGGCUUCGGGAGCAGCAGGAGUAGAAGGAGCAGCAGGAGCAGGAGGAGAAGAAGGAGCAGGAGGAGCAGAAGGAGCAGCACAUGCAGCAGAAGAAGCAGCAGCAAAGGCGGCAGCAGACAGAGAGACACAAGCAAUGGCACACAAGAAGGCACGGGUGGGCGAAACAGCAGUACACAGAGCAGCAGGAGCAGCAACAAGCACAGCAGCAGGAGCAGCAGCAGCACCUGCAAGUGCAGCAUAUGCAGCAGCGGACAGGAGUGGAGUAGAAGCAGCAGCAGCGAACAGGAGUGGAGUAGAAGCAGCAGCAGCGAACAGGAGUGGAGUAGAAGCAGCAGCAGCGAUGGCUGCUGAGACAAAAGCAGCAGCAGGAGAGGCGAGGGCGGAGGAGCAGACGCAGGGGAGCAUGAGUGGAGAGCAGAGGGCGCGCGGGGAUUGUUUCGAGGAAAGUGGGGGUUUGGUGGGCGGUUGGACAGAAGUGGGCGUUGAGGAGAGCGGAGGAAUGGAAAGAGGGGGGGAGGCGGAGGGAGAGGGGGUGAUGCUGAAGGGGUAAGGGAUGACGGGAAUGGAGAGCGACAG